AUGUUUUCAGUUUGUUUCUGCCAAGGCUUGCCUGCCCAGCCCCGAGUAUUCAGCCGCGAACUCGCUGCACCAGCCGGCACCGAGUCCAUAGGGUAUGAUGUCAAUGAGUCUGCGCAACAUGUUGACUAUUUCGAGCGGGUGGGGCUCUUCAGCAAGAAGUUCAGUCAGAGCAUGUGGCUAUCGUUUGGGGCAUUCCGCUGGAUUUUGUUAUUACUUAUUGGUGUGGGCGCUGGUGCUGUGGCUGUGAGCGUCGAGCUGGCCUUGCAUUUCCUUAUGGAACGCAAGCUUGAGUUGACGGAUUGGGUGGGCCGCACCAGCUCGAGCAUUGGCUUGCAGUACGUUACCCUCAUGAUUUUCAGCCUGUGUUGUAGUGGCAUUGCUGGAGUGCUCGUAUGUUUUGUGGAAGUUCUGGCUGCCGGAAGUGGCAUCCCAGAGAUCAAAUGUUAUUUGAAUGGGAUUCAUCUGCCGAAGCUCGUGACUGGACGAACUCUCUUUGCAAAAGCCGUGGGCAUAGUGUUUUCGGUCAGUGCUGGUUUGCCAUGCGGUAAAGAAGGGCCGAUGAUCCACAGUGGUGCCAUUGUUGGUGCUAUGGUAAACCAUCUCAAUUUGGAGCGGCGUCUUCGACCGCUGAACCUGGAUGUGGAGACGCGCGAUUUCGUUGCAGCUGGGGCAGCCGCUGGUGUUUCUGCAGCCUUUGGUGCCCCCAUUGGGGCGGUCUUGUUUGCUGUGGAAGAAGGGGCCUCCCACAUGACUCCGCGGAUCCUGACGCAGCUAUUUGUUUCCAGUUCAGUGGCGACUUUGGUCACUCGGCUUACGCUCGGACCGGUCCUGGAGCGACACACCUUUGGCCUCCUUGGGACAGGCGUACCAGUCAGCUUUGGACGUUUCACCGAGAUUUCGUAUCACUUUGUCGAAAUGUUCAUCUUUGCGUUGAUGGGCAUCGCGGCUGGCUUGUUGGGAGCCACUUUCAACCACUUCAAUCGCAGCAUUGCCAGGUGGCGAAAGCAACAUGUUGGCCCAAGAGGAUGUGUAAGGUUUCUCGAAGUGUUGUAUGUGACAUUCGCAAUUGCCACGAUGAAAUUUUGGGUUCCUGUUUGCAUUCGCGCCUGGAGUGCUGGGCACUGGGAGCCUGCAAUCAUGGAGGACUUAACUGGUGCUCAGAAACUUUGGUUCGACAGCGGCCAGGUGUCGAUAAACGAUCUUUUCCAUGAAGAGCAUGCCUUCGAUGAAAUCUGGUUGCUUUUCUUUUUUGGAAUCUUCAAUUUGGCAACGACAUGCUGGACGUUUGGCUUGGGGGUUCCAGCUGGCCUCUUCGUUCCUUCGCUACUGACUGGGGCAGUGCUUGGCCGCUGGGUGGGCGAAGUAUUGAGUCGGACUCCGGAGUGGCUCAUACCAGGGACCUGGGCCCACCCGUCCGUGUACGCGUUGGUGGGGGCUUCAGCUAUGCUUGCUGGUGUUGGAAGGAUCACAAUCUCGUUGGCGAUGAUUCUGACUGAAGCAACCGGUGCGGGCACCUUUGCACUUCCAAUAUUGAUGGUGGUGGUGAUCGCUACCUGGACAGGCAACCAAUUCAACCGUGGCAUUUACGAUCUCCACAUCAUCGAGCUGAAGCAAAUUCCGCUUCUGGAGCAGACGCCUGCUGAUGUGAUGGUUCGGUACUAUGUGCGAGACAUCAUGAGCAAGAAUGUGGUGAGUCUGGAGGCGGUUGAGAAGGUUGGGACACUUCUGGAUGUUCUUGCAUCUUGUUGUCACAACGGAUUUCCGGUAGUGGACGUUGGGACGCGGAAGCUUGAGGGCAUCAUCGAACGCGGCUAUCUACACCUCCUGCUGUCCAGGGGCAAUUAUUAUUGCAUGUUCCAGGAGGAUCGAGAAGCAAACCCAGGUCACUCCAUCGUUCCUUUCGAAGCGAUUGCGUGGCCAAACAUCCACUCGUACCCAAGCGUUAAGGAGUUGAAGCGGAGGCUUUCCAGCAAGCAUUUGGAGAUGUGGAUCGACUUGCGGCCUUAUGUCAAUGCCAAUGGUUAUUCAAUUCCUCCACAUGCUUCCAUGGCAAGCGCAUUUUCGCUGUUCAGACGCCUUGGCUUGCGACAUCUUCCCGUUGUAGACCGCAAUGGUGAUCUUUGUGGGCUUCUGACCCGGAAGGAUCUCAUCCUCAUCGAAGAGAACGAGGCGACGGGUGAGCUUGUGCAGAGGUCUCAACCAUUUUUGGUUUCCGACACCGGCUGGGCAUACCGGAAGUCAGAAGGAACCGACCUGGAGUCGGGAACAUCCUUUGAGGACAUGGGAAUGGACAGCAUGCUCGAAAGCGAGACGGAUGGAAGCGAGGCCCCCGUCGAGGAGGCCUCCAGUGGCAAUGCGGAAAGCAGCGAGUCAGAUGAGAGGAACCAGUCACCGACAGGUGAUGUUGCGAGCAUGGGCGGCCUUGGCGGCGCUUAA